GGUAAACAAAGGUCAGCGUUCCACGUCAAGCAGCCCUGUCACACCUGGUGGGUGCUGCGACGCUAAUGGAGAGGCCGUUCGUGUCAGGCGAUUACUAAAACCUCUCAUGAUUUAGAGAGACCCUUUACGGAGUACUGUGCAGAGAGAACAGUGCUGGAGUGGAUCAACGGUCCAGACAGCGCAGACGCCACAAGGUUUCAUCAAAGAUACCUUCAAAGAUACUACUUCCAACGUGAUGGAACCACCCGAGACUCCCGCGCCGGUGUUUGCGUUACGCGCUUUCAAGAGUGCGCUCUUCGGCACUCCGGGUGAGGAGGAGGAGAAGGAGGAAGAGAAUCAAGGGCAAGCGGUGAAAUUAAAAAGCAUACCCGCUAUCAAUCCGAUAGGCAAGACCGACGCCUUGAAGCAAACAACCGGGUCCGCGGAGGAUGCAGAGCCCACGAAAAAAGAUGUCGAUUUGGACACACAGGUGAUGGUGUCCCCUACAAAGGGCAUCCUCGUCACACCUGGAACUAUAUCGAAUCGACGCAAAACCGUUUCAUUUGGGCAAGAGGUGGUGGAUAAUGAACGAAAACGCGACGCGUCGCCAAGCAAAACCCCAAGAACGCCGACUCAGAAACCUGGAAAUGUCAGCUCACAGUGGUUGUCCGCCUCAUCCGAUGGGAAAAAUAAACCAAGGAGCAAGCUGACACAAACCCUGAUGGAUGCUCGGGAGAAGACCCCUCCUACCUCUCAGCCCACAAGGACCGGACAAAAAGAGCUUGCUGAAGCGCAGACGAAAGUGUGCUCAGACGACCACAAUGACGAAACUUUGAAUCUGGACGAACCACGUUCCCAGUCUGGAAAGUAUUGGAAGGCUGACAUGAUCACCCUUCCUCCUCCCAUACCCGAUCUAGGGGAGGAGCAUACCCAAAGUCGCACCCAGCGCUUACAGUCCCGGCGUGCCCCCGCAAAACCCAGACUUGAGUCAAAUCCUAUCCUAGCAGCUCCUCGAGUACGCAGCGCAGCUGUUCAUCACGUCGGGUCCAGCCGGCCCGGGAAAAAGGCCAAUCUGGCCAGCGUCCAAAUCGACGCCAUGACUGCUGAACGUAUUGCCGCUGCGCAGGCAAGACUCCGGCGCAAAGAACUGAAUCGGAGACUCAAAGAUGAGGGAAAGGAAAACAUCAAGGCUUACGCUGAUUGAUGAGCAUCACAAGGAAUUGAAUUGCUUUUCUGGUUGAUAUAGUAUUGGAAGGGUCUUUUCGGGAAAAGAAAGGGGGGGGGAUAGGGUUUGGUUUCUGCCGGCGUAGGAAUACGGGUCUCUAUUCGGUUUUCCGUCGAUUCUUUCUAUCGCGUUUCAUUUGUUUUCAUCUCCAUAGUAAUGUCUGUUCCGGAUAUACCCCGUCCUGUCAUUUAAUUCAACUUUCUGUUUGCAAUUAUGCAUCAUCUGAACCAAACAGAGAGCUAUCUGCAGGUUCUCUUUACCUCAUGCUUUGAAAACACCCUGGCAUCUGCCGUUGUAUCUAUCUCAUAUCU